CGGCGCGCCGCAAUCGGAGGGAGUGUGAAACGUAAACAUGACGGAAGCUACGAUGAAUGUCUUUAACCCGGUCAAGGAGAAGGAUAUUGAGAGUUUGAUGGGUGCUGCUGAUCAAGGUUUUAGCUGCAUUAAAGAUGACAGGGAAGAGCACGAAUCAUUCAGUACUGAAAUGCAGUCCAUGGAUAUAUCAAGGUACUCUGAUCUCGAAUUAUUGCAGGAAGAUGUAAAAAGUUUGUGUUGUGGGGUAUGUGAAAAGUCAUUUACUACCAGGUACAAUUUGAAGAGGCAUCUGAGAAUUCAUUCAGGAGAUGGAUUUGUCCAAUGCGAUAUGUGUGAGCAAAUAUUCAGAGACAGUAACAAGCUAAAAUGCCACAGAGAGGAGGUUCAUUUUGGGAUCAGGUAUGAUUGCCCUAGUUGCCGCUCAUCAUUUUCCAGGAAAUCGCUCCUCAGAAAACACAUGAAAACACAUACUGGAGAAGCAGAUUUUAUGUGCCAUAUUUGCGGGAAAUGUUACUAUGAAAAAAAUCAGUUUUGAGGCCCAUGUCAACAAACAUGAUAAUGCAACACCAUACCAGUGUACCAAAUGUGGUGAAGGCUUUGCCAGUGACAGUUGGCAAAGGAGACAUCAGAAAACCUGUGGUGUGAAGCUUAAGGAGUUAAGAUACGUAUGUGCGGAAUGUGGACGACAGUUUAAAGUCGCGAGAUAUCUUAAAGAACACAUGAACUGUCAUACAGAAGAAAAGAGCUAUCCGUGCGACGCUUGUGGCAAAGUUUUCUUUUUUCGGCCAUCGCUCAGGAAACACAAGUUUAGACAUUACUAGAUUGAAAAUAUACUGGUUAAGCAACUAAUGGACAUUCUUGAGCAUUCCAGAAUUUGGAUAAUUUCGCUAAUUAUAUAUGAUUUUCUUUUAACUUUGCAGAAAACAUAACAAUACUUCUUUGGUUCAGUUUUAGUAAUCUGUUUGAAUUGAAAAUGAUACUGCUUCAUGAAAUUACUGGUACUUUUGUUCAACACAUGUUGAUACUACAUAGUACUAUAAGUAUGCCCAUUUAAAAAAAAUAGUUUUUGAAUACUCCAAAUGCCUAAUCUUGAUGUUGAUGGUUUAUUGAUUUUGAAGUUGAAUAUUUUAACAAGUUGAAUGUAAAAUUUUCACAUCGUGUUAUACCUUAUAUAAAUUUUAUGCAUCAUCAUGAAGUUACAGAUUUAUAUCAUGAUAUAGUAAAUAAAGUAAUGAACUUACAUAUUUAUAACAUGAUAUAUAUAAUAUAAAGAAAGUAUAAUUUAUUGUCACACAUGUACAAGUAUCAUGUAACCGUAUAUGUGUAAUGUAAUUCGUAUAGAGAAAGUUAACCACAUAAUUUUCUAAAAUAUAGUUGCAAAAACCGGCAAACCUUUACCAUUAGGGUAUAUAUAGUGGUAUGUGCAUCUAAUUUCAUAUUAUAUAAAACAUAACAGUGACGUCCAAGUUACACAAUUACUAUUUAUGAC